AUGACGCGACUAUCGGAUAAUGAAGCUCUAUUGAUCGAACCGCAAGAAGGCGGUCGACCCGAUGAAACGAUCGAGGAACGAUGCUUCUCUGCGGCCCUCAUCUGCCUUGAAGGGCACUUUACCCAGUCCCCUCCCAUGGGACCGCACACAGCAGCCAAAGUGAGCUCUAUGAUCAACAAAACACUAGAAAAGACACAUACGUUUCGCAAGACUCGUGAGGCCGUAUCAAGAAAUGUAGCGAUCUGGAUUUGGCUCACAAGGAUUUUUGCGGCUGCUAUACCCAGCCUCACUACAAGAUCCGUGGGACCCUUAUCAAGCCUCAACGAUCCAGAGAAAGGCGUCACUCCACAAGAGAGCACAGCCUUGAUUGUCAUGAACCAUGUGACGAUAAGGGAAGACCUCGAAACUCUCAUCAAACUGAUGCACAUCGCGCGCAACUUGCUUGUCAAUGCGGAGCCUGAAGUGCCCCAGGAUAUCUGUGCCGCGGUUCACUUUGAUCAAAUGGUUUACCAAACAAUCAUCCUCUGUGUCAAUGUUACUAGCAAAGGCUAUGACGGAGAGAUUCUUGACGAGGCUCAGAGAAUAAAAUUGGGCGGUGUUACAGAACUAUACAAAAAGCUACUUGUAACUUCAUUACAACAGGCACACAACUGGACAGCCAAACAUGACAGGAACAAAAUGUCGUUCUGGUUCGACGUUUUGUUUGACGACGAUGGCGCGCUUUCAUGUCGUGAUGAGAAUACUGGCGAUACUUUAGGUUUCCAACCAGAAGAAGCCAAGAGACAGGUCCAACACUGGUUGGAUAGAAAUUCCAAGCUCUGCGACACUGCCAGGAAACUUCUCAAGGAUCAUGCGCAGAAUCACGCCGACAAACCACCAGGAAACCUUGCUCCCAUCCGUCCAUUGGCCUGGAACUGGCUUCCAGAUGGCUCUGUCGACGUUCCUGGAGAUGUGACUAACACUGACGAGAAGAUUAACCCGGUGUGGAAGCCAGAUGAGACGGAUAAGUUCGAGCAAGAUCGUGCUUACGGCCGUGUCUCUAGAGAGAUCGAUACCUGGUGGUUGAAUGCUCGCGACCCCAAUUACGAUGAAUGGAAUGUUCCUAUGCCUUCCGUGGAGUUUGCACAGACUCGUCUUGAGCAUUGUCGCAACAACCUCAUCCAUCAAUACGCUCACUCUUGCGGGACGGAUCAUUCACCACCUUCGGGCGUCGUUGAGGAAGAACAGCUAUCAGACCACGAACAUUACCCCAAGCAGAUCGAGGCUUUGCACAUGAUCGUGAAAUCGUGCAUACUGGACAAUGCUGGCUCUGGCUUGACUCGCGCGGGCGAGAACCUUCAAAAGACGCGCUGCCGUAUGUUCCUAGCACUCGACUGUGGAAAGAGUCUGUUGCGAGAGAUGCUGGUGUUCAUUGCCGUCUGGGAAAAGGAUGAGCAGUCACUGAUAUUCCAGGUGACAACCCAGAUCGUAGAGGCUCUCCAUCACAGCGCUUUGAUUCCGUAUGCGUGGAACUCUUUGCGCAUAGCCAAGGAUAUCAUUUCACCAGCACAGACAGUUCUCCUGCGACUUGUUAACCACAUGUUCAGAGCUCGAGUCAACAAUUCGUCUUCCCAGGAAAACAAGGACAACGCUCGCGACAUCAAGCUUGUGCACUUCUUCUUGAGCUUCUUCCGAACCCGCAUCGUCCCAGAGUGCGCUGCUUUGAUGCAUCUCCAGGCUCAGAUUCGCGAAGAGAACUUUGACCCAUCCGAAUUCCCUGUGGACAGUUGGGAUAUGGAACGUGCUAAAGAUGGUUUGGCUCAAUACCUUGAUUUCCUCACCACGGUUGCCGAGAUGAUGGAUACUCGGGCGAAGCUUAUUGAAUGGGAGGCUGUCUACGACCUCAUCACCAUUCUGAGUGGUCUAGAGGCCGGUGUGCCUAAGAAACCUCUGAUUGAACUCCCGAAGCGGUCCCCGCGAAGCGAAACCAACGGCAACCCUAUGGUUGAGCGGCCCUAUUCAUCUGCAGACGAUAGCCUUCCACCUUCACCACCUCCUCCUCCUCUACAAGAUCCAGCUCACAAGUUCCCCUGGUCGGGAAUUAAGGGACAAAUCUUUACCAUUAUUGCUACUCUCCUACAGCCGCCCCCUGGUCAGAGCAGCCCAGGUAACCCCGAUGUUCAGAUGCAGAUGGUCAAGUAUAACGGAAUUGUGCCUCUGCUCAACUGCUGCGCUUACGACGACCACAACCCUUUUGCCAAGGAACGAGUGACCAUCUGCCUUAAAUGGUUAUUGGAUGGAUGCGAGGCCGCCAACACAUUCUUUAGGGAACUUGUCAAUCUUUCACCUCCACCCAACCUGCGCCCCCCACCCGGCGGUACGACCGUUUCGACGAUUAGGGUCGAUGGCAUUCAAGGCGACGUCAAGGUACAAGUCCGCUCAAGUACAGCCGGGCCAAGCGAGCAAGAGACCAGUGAUAUCGUGGAUGGAACUGGGAAAAUCGAUCUGAACCAACCAAGUGGAGGAGGCAGUAUCGAGGAUGAUUUCAUGGCAUAA